AAAAUAGACCAUUAAGAAAUCGUUUACGUCGAUUGCGUAUAAAUGGGACAAUAACUGGGUUCCACGAAGUGGUCAUUCACAAUAAUUUGCAUAUGUCACAAGAAACCUGAUUGAGCUGAAUCGAUUAGCAAAAAGAUACAUUGGACACAAUAAUCAUUUCUAAGGGCGGAAUCUAUUGAAAGUUAUCGAGAUGGACUACUUUGUCACCAUACCAGAAAGUCGUUCAACAAAAGAAACGGAGGCAAGCACCACCGAUGGAACUGAACAAGUGACCCUCCCCGAAGUUCCGGCCGUGAACACAAAGAAGCCGGCCACACUCACCCCCUCACUGCUACUACUCGCAGAAACUAGAAAGCGAAAGAUUAACACAGAAUUUGGCACAAUCGUCGUAGACUCUGAGGGAAUCGAGGUGCUCUCAAACGACAGCAAAGACUCCAGAACAGUUCGGAAGACCAGGUUCCGCGAUCCGGCCGCCCGGAAGUUCGAGUGUCCGCAGUGUGACCUCGUCCCGCAGGAGGCGGCGCAGAGGCCGGGCGGCUCGCGUAUGAUUCUGUUCAACCCGGCGCGCACCGUGUCGCGCCUGCUGGAGUCGAUGACGGAGCGCAAGGUCCGCGAGGACCGCGGCGUCUGGGGCUCGGACGGCGAGCUGCUGGCCGUCGGCUGCAGCGCGCUGGUCAGCGUCGUCACCCUGCUCUACAUGCCGCACCUCAGCCUGCAGCACAGCGGCGGCGCCUUCCUCCUCAUGUACGCCGCCUGCCUCGUGCUGUUCGGCGCGCCCAUGCUCCUGCUGGAGGCGGCACUCGGCCAGUUUUGCGGCCACGGCCUGGCCCGGCUGAUGCCGGAGAUGGCGCCGGUGCUGAAGGGCUUCUCGUACGCCAUGCUGGUCUCACUGAUUGUGAUCGCCAUCACGUACAUGCCAGUGGUGAGCAGCGCGGCGCUCUACAGCGUGGAGGCCACCCGCAGUCCGGCCGCCUGGAGCACCUGCUCCAACAGCUACAACGGCCCUUUGUGCUACACCCACCGGUUGGACCAGAGCUGCCAGAGCCAGGGCGCCGCCCUCUUCGUCGGCCGGCGCUGCCUCACAGUGCGCGAGGUGUGCGAGCCGGCCGACGAGCGGGUCGCGCGGUGGAACCUCUCCUCCGCGUGCGUACCUCAGUCGAACCACUCGUUCAUGUUCAACCACACGCGGCUGCACCAGCUGCGGACCGUCGCAGGGGUGGAGUUCUUCGACCGCGUGCCGUACGCGGUGAUCCCGGGGCUGCGGCGCGCGCAGGGCGCGGUGGCCAUCUCGCUGCUCGUCUGCUGGAUGCUGGCGGCGCUCGUCUCGCAGGCCGGCGCCGCCGGCGUGCGGUACACGCUGCCGUUCGUCAUCGGCGCGCCGCUGCUCGUCGUCACGGCGCUCACCAUCUCGCUGCUGAGCUCGCAGCGCGCGGCGCGGGCCGCCCUCAGCCUGCUGGCCAUCGACCCCGUCUCACUGGCCGACUCGCGCGACUGGCUGAACGCCGCCAAAUAUACCCUGUGCACCCAGAGCACCGGCCUCGGCGUCAACAGCUUCAUCUACAGCCGCAACAUGCUGACGCACAACUGCAAACGCUCGGCCGUCACACUGAUCGCCGUGAAGUUUGCGGUGAGCGUCAUAUGUGUGGUGUGCUACGCUCUGAUGGCCGGGACGCACGCCGUCGAGGUCGGCGAGGAGGCGCGGGAGCUGACCGCGGCCUACGGGGACCACCACGCCCUGGUGCGGCUCACCUCGACCCUGGGCAUGCUGCCCGACAGCGAGAACUGGUCCGUGCUGAUGCUGCUCGCCAUCGUGCUCGCCGGUCUUGGGUUCGUCCAGAUCGUGCUGCUGACGAUCGAGGCGAGUCUGCGCGAGCUGAACCUGGUGCGCGGCCUGUCCACGCGCGCCGUGGUGCUCCUUCUGUGCGCCGUGUUCUUCGUGGUGGACGCGGUGAGCACCGUGCAGGCCAGCUACUUCACCUUUCUGUCCGUCUACCAGCACGUCAGCGUCUACAUCAGCAUCGCACUGACCACCGCGCUGCUGGUGGCCGUCAACUCCACGCUGAGCGUGGAGCGGCUGCUGGACGACCUCCGGGACGCCAUGAACGUCUCGAUGCGGUGGUCGUUCAACUACUGGGGCAUCUCAUGGUGCAUCGUGUGCCCGGUGCUGCUGGUGGUGCUGUUUUUCGGCACGGUGGUGGAGGAGGCGAUGCUGCCGGGGCGGCCGCUGCGCGGCGAGCUGACCGGCUGGACGUUCUCGGUGAGCGGCCUGCUGGCCGCCGGCCCCGUGUGCCUGCUGCUCGGCUACGUGCUGAUCGAGUGCCGGCGCACCGAGCGGUUCGACAGCGAGCUGGACGUGUGCGCGCCCACCCGCCACUGGCGGCCCGGCCUGCUCGACGAGUGCGUGGUGCGACAGCAGCCCUCCCAGGAGGUCAUCGACAAGCCGUCGCAGGCGCUGAUGACGUCCAAGUCGUCUCUGAUGACGUAUGUGUACAGCCCGGUCAUCGGCUGGUCCACCGAGGACCUGGCCUCCAAGGGCGGCGGGUCGCGAGGCCGCUCACCGGCCGCAGAACCCUAGGCAAGGGAGCAGCCCCUAUGUGUGUAAGAUGGGACCCGCCCGGUAGGCGCAACAUAGCAAUGUGUUAUUUUCGACAGUCAUAAUCACAAUAACUGCAAUGUGUUCUUACGAGCUAAAAUGGAGCCCAGAAACCAUCAAGACCCAAACGUUAUGAUUGAUUAUUGUGCGCUGAUUUUAGCAGUGUUGCAGGAUUAUCCUAUAUGUGGAGCGAAUGUCUCAGUGGGCCCCAUCGAACAAUGUUCCCCUGCAAUUGUGAACCUGAAUAUGAUAUACUGAAUACGA